AUGACGGCGGCCUCGCAGGCGGAUAUACACGCCGGUAGGGCAGCACCACUGGUGUCCACAGUGCACGUGCCAAUACAUACUGAAAGUUGCAACAAUGCCAUUUUUGGACGCAUUUAUCAAAGAAGUGAUACAGUCGACAGAAUGCUUACAAAAAACAAGCAUUUAGAGGGUAUUUAUCUGCCAAAAGGCACGUCUAUUGUAAUACACAUUUGGGCACUGCAUUUGGACCCUGAUAACUUUGCCGACUCCGAUGAGUUUAAAUCGAAACGGUUCUUAUCGGAAAAUCUAUAUGAGAUCAAAUCGUAUACAUACCUACCCUUCGUCACCGAUUAUUACAGACAA